AUGCUGCGUCAAGUCCAGCGUCUGGUCCUUUUCUGCGGUCUCGUCGCAAACAUUUCCCCUGCCAACCAGGUCGGGGCAAGUGUUGUGCCGCGAGACAACUCGACCGGCAAGAACCCCUUCAACAGCGAAUUUGCCAAGUUUGCGGAAGAAACACUGCAGAAGCUCAAGGUUCCUGGGCUCUCCGUCGCCGUGGUUGACGGCGACCAAGUAUACGCCGAGGGAUACGGGUAUUCGGUCUUGCCUGAUACGCGAGCAACUCCAGAAACGCUCUGGUACGCCGGGUCCACGACCAAGGCUUAUACGGCCGCCUGCCUGUCCGUCCUCAUGCACAGCGGCACAUACAAACAGCUGGCCAAAAAUUGGUCGACGCCCAUCUCGUCUAUUAUAAAGGAGGACUUCGUCCUUAGCGAUACCUGGGCGACUGAACACAUGACGCUCGACGAUGCCGUCAGCCAUCGUUCCGGGCUGACCCGCAACGACAAGGCUUUGCUGCAGACGCGGAACGGCAAGACACUUAACCUUAAUGAGAUUGUUCGAAACAUGAGGAACUUGCCUCUCAAAUACGAGCCGCGAACUGAUUACAGCUACAACAAUUGGAUGUACAUCGUCAUGUCACACGUCAUCGAGACCAUCACCAAAAAGUGGCUCGGGGACGUGUUGAGAGAGCAGAUCUGGAAGCCGCUGGGCAUGAACUCGACCUACUUUACUCCCAAGGACGCCGAGAACGCGAAAGAGCCCAUGGCGUCUGGAUACAUCUGGAACAACGUAACCCAAAAUUACACAAAGACCCUGCCAAUGCCUAUGAAUGAUUUGAGUGGCGCGGCCGCAAUCAUCUCCAACGUGCUCGACUACGCGAAGUGGAUCAAGUGUCUGCUUAACGAGACCGAGCCAUUCUCCAAGGACGUACACGAGGACAUCCGGAAGCCGAGAAUGAUCGAAAGUACGGACACGGACGAUGCUUUCGACAUCAGCCUGAAUGGGUUGGCCUGGUAUCGAAACACAUACAGGGGCCACGUCUUCUACCGGCACAACGGAGUCAUGAUUGGGUUCGGGGCACAGGUUUAUUGGUUCCCCAAGGAGAAAUUUGGGUUUGUCAUGUUCGCAAAUGGCGACGGCCAGUCCGGGGACGCCAAUAAGGCCUUCUCCAUGAAGUUGAUUGCGGACAGGCUGGAGGGGCCGGCCUCCGACUACCAGAAUAUCACAGACAAGAGUAUAAAAAGCUCUAAGGAGUUUGCAGAGAAGCUUGCCAACGCGGUCAACAUCACCUAUCCAGACCUACCCCAAUCUCGGUUGCCGUCUUCGUUCAGUAUAGCAGACCUCGAGGGAAAGUACUCUGACGAAUCUCACGGGACAAUGGAGCUGCGCGAAGGAACAAGCCCCAAAAAGCCGGACGAGAAGUUUCUCAUCGCGGAGCGCAGGGAUACGACGUGGAGACUAGCAAUGCGGCUCUACCAUGUCACUGGAGAGAAAUGGAUUGCGUACGCGAGCUGGCAGGAUGAAAUGGACGAUCCCGGCCAGGUUUACGCGGCCGAGUUCGAAAAAGAAGCCGAUGGAAAGGUCUCGGGAUUGAAGGUGACGUGGGAAAGCAAAGUAAGCCUCGGUGUGGCAGAAGGUGAGACUGUUUUCAAGAGAGAGCGUUAA